CUGUGUAAUUGCUUGUUCCUGCUGUUCGUUUGCCAUCCAGAAUCAAAGGCCCCGAUGCCUCCACGACGGUCACACCAAAAGUCGCGCCGCGGCUGCCUAACCUGCAAGGCUGGUCACUUAAAAUGCGAUGAGACGGGGCCUCCCUGCGGCCGCUGCAAGCUCCGAGCAACGACAUGUGAGUACACGAGCCCAGGUUCAGGACUACAGCAGCCGCAAAAUCUGCCAUCCGGCCAUUGUCGGCCAGUCUCCACAGAGAUCAGUCCUGACCUCCAGCAAUUAGAGGAGCCGCUGUUCCCUAACGAGGGCCGCUUGCUGGAGCUUCAACUCAUGCAUCGAUGGUCGACGGAAACUUACAAGAGCAUGUACAGCAAGGUGGCGGGGGAUGACUAUAUCUGGCAGAUUGCGGUGCCGCGGUGGUCGCUGCAACACGAUUUCCUGUGCGCCGGUCUCUUCGCCCUCUCCGCCUUCGAGUCUGCCAGCUGCUCCUCAGGACCUGGCCGUGGCAAAUACCUCGAGGCGGCCGUCGAGUAUCAGACUAUUGCCCUGAAUAACUUCCGCCGUCAACUUCAGCACCAAGAGACAAACCCAGAAAGCUACGAAACUGUCCUCUGCUUCUCACUAAUGCUCAUGGUACUCGCCCUGGCCUCAUCACAGUUCGCGUCAGAGUUGGCGUGCGGCACUCAGGGUGACGAUAGCAUGGUGCAGAACACAUUAACUCACUUCGAGUUGGUUCGCGGAUGUAGCACCGUUCUAGGGGACAACGCAGAGCAAUACUUGGCCCAGAACUCCUACGUACAAAAGCUUACACCUUUCGAAACACUGCCCCGGACGCCGUACGAUUCUGAUAUAGCGCUCGCCAUGUCGACAUUGAACACAGCCAACGAGAGAAGGAUCACGUCGACUGUGGGCGAAUCCUACGAGCAUAGAGUCCAGCAGGUGGCCCAUUUUGAAGCGUGCAAGAAGGCGAUAAGCCUCCUUGAAGAAUGCUUUGCCAAGUGCGUCGGCCACGAUGACGACCACCAGGGCUACAUCCUGGGAUGGCUGAAUAUGGCCGGCGAGGAGUAUGUCAGUGCCAUCAAGUGCAAUGACCAUGUUGCACUGCUGGUAUUGAUGUACUGGGGUUCGCUGGUCGAGAAACUUGGCCGCCGUGUCUGGUGGGCGCGAGACUUCGGGCGGCUUCUGGUCGAAGAGAUAUCGGGAAAGACACUGAGUCAAACAGCCGACGCUUUGACCAUGGAUCUCAUCGCGUCGGCACGAAGGUUGAUCGCUCAGCAUUCUGGCGGCAUGGCUGAUGUGUCGCUUCGUGCUUUUGCAAACCUAAUCUGUGGUCCGCCUCUCCUCGAUAAAUAUCCGGAAAGCGUGCCUCCAGACAUUACACUCAACUAUGCCUCGCCAUUCAACUCAAUAUUAACCAAGCUUACCAUGCUUGAUACGACCAUACGGACCAACCGAAAGCGCCCAACCACACCAGAAUCUCACAGCAGAGAGGGCUCUACCAAGAAUACGCCCGUCCUACGGCAUUCACAAGAGUCCCAUCUGCCUCCAUGGCUACCCGAUUCAGUCGCCGCCGCACGUGUGAAACUUCCCAUCCUCGUCGGGCUGCUCCUGACAUGUUCACCCACCAUCUUCCUCUACUCUCUUGAGAGUUGCCGUGACCACCAACAACGAACAGACCUGAGUAUCCUCAUCCGGACUUAUAUCCUCACUGGCACUGUGGGCAUGACCGUCACUAUGCUCGUGCAAUCCGUUCUCGCCUACCUGCUCGCUUUGCUCUGCUUCAACGGCCAUGCCAAUGCAACAUUGUACCUCGCCGAGACAAUGAAAGCUGAACAUGACAUCAAAGACGAAGCUCACCGUAAACGACGUCGCGAAAUGUCCCGUCGCCAUGCGUAUUGGGUUUUCAUGCUGCUCUUCUCCUUCGUGGUUGCGGGCCUAGUGGAGGAGUGGAUCAAGUACAUCAUAAUCACAGCCAUGGUUGGCCUUGCACAGCGAUCAUCGCACGGCAGAGGAAGCAUCAAGACUGAGCGUGACUAUGUCGCCGUUGCUGUCUCAGCCGCGCUGGGCUUCGCCACGGUGGAAAACAUUGCCUUCUUGUACGCUGCAGCCCGCCGCCGCAAAGUCAGCAGCGGUGAUGAUGAUACCACCUUGAAGGAGGGCAGGGAAGACGCCAUGUUCACGCUCCUGACGGCCGUCGAGAGGGUGGUGCUGGGUAUCCCCGGGCACGCGAUGACAGCUGCGCUGAUCGGAGUCAACCUGCUCAUCCGCGACCACCGCCACCUCGAACACGCGGCCACCAACUCGAUGAGCGCGUGGCUGAUCCUGCGCGACUCGGCGCUGUUCCACGGCUGUUUCAACUUCGUGCUCUUCGCCGCAAGCGCCCUCGAGGGGAACGUCGGCUGGGUGCAUCCGUGGAGGGUGCGCACGGUGUGUCUCGUCCUCGCACUCGCUGUGGGACUGCAGGCGACGCUGGCACUGGUGCUUCGGACCAGGCUGCGCCAGGUCGGAAUGUGGUGAUCGUCGCAUUGAUUUCGAUGGGGGCGCUCCUUUGUCUUCGGUUUAGGAGAACCUUUGUUCCGUACGUCUUGUUUUCACAUGUUGGCCUUUUCUUCUCUUCCUUUGCCACGUGUACGAACAGGCGAUAAGCUCCGGGUGUUGAGGGGCGAAUGGAUGGAUAGAAUUGGUCGGGCAGGACUCUCACCUCGACUCGGUGUAGCUGGAUUCACUCAAUUCCUCUCUCUCCCCUGAGACCGCAAAUCCGCGUUGAAUGGGAACUUUUGUAUAGUACAUAAUGAUACACGGGCAUAG